AUGGCCUUGACUGCAGCCGUUCUUUGCUUCCAGGCUUCGCAAGUAGGCGGCGUCGAGAGCUUUGCAAAGUUUGACAAAGCCAUGGUCCUCUAUCGCAGCAUGCCAUCGGCCGAGGACAUUACUUAUGUACUGGACACGGGACUGAUUAUUUGCAAUGCAUCGAUGCAUUUAGGCUACAAGUGGACGACACUGCUCCAUCGCCUUUGCUGCCUUGCCGAAGUUUCACUUUGUUCCAAUGGCAGAGGCGCAGACACAGACUACGCAAAACAAUUGGAAGUGCUGGCAUCCAUGGAUUUCGAUUUGUGGAUCAUGGGAAGGCGGACGCCAUCCAGACAUGUAUGGGCCACGUGGUGCCUGGGAGGCAGUGGAAUAGAACAAAUUACUGGCUUGCCACGGUCAUUGCUGGACCUGAUGGCACUGUCUUGUUUGGGAACGGACAUUUCUGCCGAUAUCCGACAGUGGAUAACGACUCUGAUGACGCAAGAUACUGCUUCUGCAAGACGCCAUAUCUGGCAAGCUUGCGCUAUUGCAACCCUGUUACACAUGCACACCAUGCAUUUUGCCAUUCUGAGUGACGUGGAUGACCUCACAAGAGCGCUCAAGGCCCAUAUCGGGCAAUUCAGAAGAGCCCUUCUGGUUGACAGAGACCUGAAUGCAAGACAGGCCCUGUGGCCAUUGUAUGUUGUCGGCAAAUCGGCAGUGGACGUAGAUACCAGGCUGUACGUCAAAAUGGAACUUGAAGGGCUAGGGUUAUAUGGUGACGCAGAGUCCAAGAAUUGGAUCCCCGCCAUCCUGGAGGAGACAUGGGCUCGAACCAAUGCGGGCGAGCGUGUAACGACAGAUUCUGUGGCAAUUGAACAUGGUAUCGAGCUGGGAAUUUGGUAA